AUGGGUGAUGAACGAGUUGGUGAGUUGCACAAUGAUGAACCUUCCGAGCAUGAAUUAACAGACAGUGAUGAUAUGUAUGACGACGAUGAUGAUAAUGUGGAUAAUGCACCUAAUGCACCUAAUGCAUCUGUUGAAGAUCAAAGUAUUAAUUAUCAUUCUACAGCGAUUCCAUACUUAGAUCACACUGAAGAAAAUGCAGAAGAUUUUAUCUACACGAGAGAUGACGGUUCCAUUCGAACGACACUUUGGAAUUCAAACAAUCCUAAACAUAUCCAGUCAGGUAUGUUAUUUAUGAAUAAGAUGCAAAUGAAAUCUGCAGUAAGAGCAUAUAGUCUUGCUAUUAAAAAAGAAUUUCUUUGUGAUCAAUCCAAAAGUAAAAGUUGGAAAGUUAUUUGCAAGCGUCAUGAGUUAGGGUGUGAUUGGAUGAUUCGGUUUAGAGAGAUUUCAAGCGGUAUGUGGAAGACAGGAAAAAUGGUUGAACCGCAUACUUGUCUUACAGAUAACUAUAAGGAGGAUCAUUUCAAUUUGAAUGAUAACAUGAUUGCCACUUCAUUAAUACCAUAUGUUAUGCAAAAUCCGGACAUAAAUAUUAAGAUGAUCCGUGAAAUUAUCAAAGGAAAACAUCACUAUACUCCUAGUUACAGAAAAGCACAAAAAGGUCGAAGAAAAGCAUUUCGAAUGGUUUAUGGUGAUUUUGAAAGUUCAUUUAAGGCAUUACCUCGAUACAUGGCUGCACUACAAUUAUUCAAUCCAGGCACUAUUAUUGAGUGGGAGCAUCAUUCUACAACAAUGCAAGGUGAGCAAAUUUUUAAAUUUCUUUUUUGGGCUUUUAAACAGAACAUUGAUGGUUUCAAAAGUUGUCGGCCGGUAAUUUCUAUCGACGGCACACAUCUUUAUGGUUCGUAUGAUAUCAAAUUGUUAAUUGCGGUUGGAAUUGAUGCGAAUGGAAAUAUUUUUCCACUUGCAUAUGCUUUAGUUGCACGUGAGAGUUUUGAGUCUUGGUCAUGGUUUCUCAAGUUAUUAUGGACACAUGUAGUUUGUGAACGACAAGAAAUUGGUCUUAUUUCUGACCGUCAUCAAGGAAUCUUGCAGUGCGUUCAAUCUUAUGAUUGGUUGAGUCCACCCAACACAUAUAAUAGAUUUUGUGUUCGACAUUUAAAAGCAAAUUUAAAUAAAAAAUUUGUAAAUAGUAAACUCGAAAAUCUAAUGUGGUUGGCUGCUGCUGAGCAUCAGGAGAAAAAGUUUGUGCAACAGAUGCAACAAAUCAAAACAUUGUCUCCUGCAGCAUAUGAAUGGUUAAAUGAAUUUCCUUUGGAAAAAUGGACAAUGUAUAAGGAUGGUGGUCGUAGAUGGGGUGCCAUGACGACAAAUGUGUCUAAGUCAUAUAAUGGUUUAUUGAAAAAAGCUCAGAGGAUUCCUGUGACUGCCAUGGUUCGAAUGACGUUCAAAGAUCCCGUUGAUCAUUUUGUCGAAAGAAACAAUCUUGCAAUUGCAUUACUUCAAAGUAAUAUGCCAUGGCCUCUUGCGAUAGGUAAAAAAUUUAAUGAUUAUUAUCAAAGAGCUCAAGGGAACACAGAUAUGAUGACUUACAACACAGGUGAUGGAGUUUUUGAAAUUCUUACUUUUGCUCAUGAUGGUAAAGGUGGAAAUGUCCACAAGGUUACUGCAAAAGGUAAGAAAUGUUCUUGUGGAAAAUGGAGAAACUAUCAUAUGCCUUGUUCGCAUGCCAUCAAAUUUUGUGGACUUCGCGGAAUCGAACCAAAAUCUUAUGUAAGUUAA